CCAAAACAGUUUAUAUCUUACUCCAAAACGUAACGCACGUCGAUUUUGUCACAAAACAAUAGAAAAUAACAAAAAAGCUAAAGAUCAGUUAUUUUUUAGGUUAUGCCAAUUUGACAGCGCGGGAAAAGCGUUUUGUUGUUUUAAAUUGAUGUUGGUUUUGUGAUCAUUAUUUGUUGGAGUCUGGACAUUUUACAAAUAAAGAUGCCUUCGGAGAUGAUAAAUGACAAGUCCCUGCAGCGGGAGCUAGCGGACUCCAUAAUUAGGAUGGUGCCUCUGGACGAGAUUAGAAUAUUACUGGCUUGCGGUGCAAAGGUAAACGAGCCAGUGACUCAAGGUCUCCGACCGCUGCAUUACGCGAUCUGGCAGCGGUACCUGGAGGCAACGCGACUGCUGCUCGUCAGGGGUUGCGACGUCAACGCCAGGGACGAUUGCGGCUACAGCGCCCUGCAUCUCUCAGCUGAGCAUGGGUACGUAGAGCUGGUGAAACUGCUGCUGGACAGCGGCGCGGCGGUGGACUACAGACCUGACACCGGCGAGGAGUUCCCGAGGACUACGCUGUGUGACGAGCCGCUGCGGCUCGCCAUCAGGAACAAGCAUUACGAGGUAGCUCGUCUUCUCUUAGAACAUGGAGCGGACCCCAACAAGCGGUACUUCUUCGGCUCUGAAAUCAACUUGGUCUCCGAUCCUGAGUAUCUGGAGCUGCUGCUGACCUUCGGCGCGAACCCUGACUCCAGAGACAGGGCUGGUUUGACGCCGCUCAUGAAAGCUGCUAGGCAGAGGAAAGGUAUGGACGCCGUGCUGCUGCUUAUCAGCUUCGGCGCGAACGUGAACGCAAUGGCGGACGCCAGGAACGACUACAGGACUGUUAUGCACUACGCUGUGCUCAGUGGUAACACCGAAGUGGUGAACCUCCUGAUCAAGCAAGGCGCGCGAGUGAACUACGAGUGUCCGGAGCUGAGCAAGCCGAGCCCGCUGGACCUGGCCAUCCUGAAGGGAGACGUCACUAUGGUGCAGCUGCUGCUAGCUGCUGGUGCUCAAGUGAACGCGUCCAGCUCGGUGAUCGGGUCCCCGCUGCACGUCGCCUGCUCCGACAACAUCAUCAACAGGAAGGAAAUUGUUAAAAUCCUGCUGGAGAGCGGAGCGGAUCCCAACAUGAAGGUAUACAGCAGCGAGGACGCGACGCAGUUGCGGCCCGCGCUCGCCGAGUACCUUGCCAGCAACGUCGAGCCCAACGGAGAGAUAGUUGCCAUGUUACUCAGAUAUGGGGCUAGGGUUAUUAUGAAAACCCAGUUCCGUGAUCCUGACGGCAUUUUGAACCAUUUGCAAAAUGUAACCUCCGCUGAGUAUGGUCACAUAUUCUACCAACUCCUGGAGGCUGCCGAAGCUUUUGACCUUUGCAUGAUCAAAAGAAACAACAUAGUUACUGCCACGCAAAAACAAAAUUUAAUAGAACGCGCUAAGAAUCCCAUUUCCUUACUUCCUCAAGUGAGGAUAUACUUGCGUAGGUAUUUCGGUCCUUCCUUGCCAGACAUUGUCCACACCUUAGAAAUUCCUAAAACGCUACACCAGUACCUUCUUUUCGAAUGUAGUUAAACAUUUUUAAAAAAUAAAAAUGGAUUUUUAUUUUAGACUGAAGGUGCAAGUUCCUUCGGCUUUUCUGUAAGAUUUGGUGUUGCUAGGUUUGGUAGAUUUCCCAAGGUUUGAAGGUAUUUUGCAAUGAAGGAGUUAACGAUUUGUCGAUUGUAAUUGUAAAUACUAUUUUGUUGUAUACAUAAGAAACUUGAUAUUUUACGUGUAAACGUAAUUUUACGUAUUCAGCAAUGUUUACAUGUAGUAUUUAUUUUUAUUAUGAGAAUAUUUUUCCUGAGAAAUUUCAUGAUAUCAUUGAAUUUUUUGUACGAUAUGAUCACCAUGAUUAAAUAUUUUAAUUUGAUAAUUUCUCAUUUAUCAAUGAAAUAUUUCCUGCAAAUAUAUGAUAAAAUAAUUGUGAAAAAAAUUGGUGAACUAAUGUGUGUUCCCUUUUUAUAAUAAUAAAUCCAAAAUCCAUCUUUUUAUUAUAAUAUAUCAUUAGUGGAUAUUUUAUUCGUGCCUCGAGCUUAUAUUAUGUUAUUCAGUUGUAGUUUAUUAGUAGAUCGUGCCAAAAGUAUUUUCAAUUAUUGUUCAAGUGAUGUAUACUUAAUACAUGCACUUACACACACUUCGAAUUAUGUGCUUGUUAUGUACUAUCGAUAUUAUGCAGUGUUUAUAAAUAGUAAGUAUUAUUUUUAUAUAUCAGUCAUCAUUCAUAUAAGUAACUACACAAAUUUUAAAAGAUAAUGCCGGGUCUAAAAUGACUCUAUCGUUUUUAUUUAUAAUUUUCUCCUGCCUAAAUUGAAAUACUUAAUGGUUUAAAAUAUAUUCUCUGACUUGUCUCUUGUGAUAAUUUAUCUGUUACAUAGUCUGAACAAGUUAUGAUGUGAUAUAUUGUGAUAUAGACGUAUUUUAAGACGUACUUUUGAUAGUUGAGCUUCUUAACAAUUCAAAAGUGAUGUAUCCAAUGACUGUGUUUUAUAAUAAACAUGUGUGAAAUAUAUAUUUUUUUCUGUUU